AUCAGAAGUUAUACAAAACAAGAAGUGACAAUAACAUUUUACGUCAUCAAAUAAUCAAUGAAAUUACACAAAUAAAUAAAAAAUUUCGUGAUUUUUGAAUAGUAGAGAGGCAGAGAUUAAUAAAAGUAAGACCCAAAACGUCGUCGUACUUGUUAUGCUCUUUAAUGCAAUGGAAUAUAAGUAGGUAAUUACUCCAUGUAAUUUGAGGAGAAACGAAACAAAAGAAUGGUGGUCGUCGUUGACUGUGCCGGCUGCCUCACGCCACUGCAGCUUCCACCGGGAGCUAAGACCAUUCGCUGCGCCGUUUGCCACGCCGUCACCCGUGUUGGACCGCCGCCGCCGCUCACCCGCCCUCAUCAUGAAAAUCAGUACUUACUCCCGCCUCCGCUUCCGCCAGUGCACGGCCGGAAGAAGGCCGUGAUUGUCGGGAUUUGUUACCGGAACAGUAGGAAUAGGAAUGAGCUGAAGGGGUGCAUCAACGACGCCAAAUGCAUGAGAUAUUUACUGCUCAAACAGUUCAACUUCCCCUCCGAUUCCAUCCUCUUUCUUAGUGAGGAAGAGGGAGAUCCGUACAGGAUUCCCACAAAACACAACAUAAGAAUGGCCAUGCAAUGGCUGGUCGGAGGUUGUCAGGCCGGCGACUCUCUGGUGUUCCAUUAUUCCGGCCAUGGCUCUCAACAGCUAAGCCACACCGCCGGAGACGAAGUGGACGGCCGCGACGAAACGCUCUGCCCCUUAGACUUCGCUACGCAGGGAAUGAUCGUUGAUGACGAAAUCAAUGCGGCGAUUGUCCGGCCGCUCCCCCGCGGAGCCAAACUUCACGCCGUUAUAGAUGCCUGCCACAGCGGCACCGUCUUAGAUCUUCCCUUCCUUUGCAAGAUGGACAGGGGGAGGUAUGUGUGGGAGGACCAUCGACCGAGAUCGGGGGCAUGGAAAGGGACGAGCGGAGGAGAGGUUAUAUGCUUCAGUGGAUGUCGCGAUAAUCAAACAUCUGUUGAUACUGAUAGUUUGUCAGGAGUGACCUCAACGGGGGUAAUGACCUUUUCCUUUAUCCAAGCCAUUGAACGGGGGAGUGGGCCACAACAAGGCACAACGACGACGUAUGGGAGUAUACUGAAGUCUAUGAGAUCUUCCAUACGCAGCAGCAGCUCCGGUCACCGGCCGGCCGGGGGCCGCCGCCUCGUCACCACCCUUCUCUCCAUCCUUGUAAACGGUGGAGCCACCAAUCGCGUCAUCCCACAGGUGCCACAACUAAGUGCUAAUGAACCAUUCGAUGUGUACACGAAGCCCUUUUCGAUAUAACUCUUCAAGCAUUCAACGAUUGAUCGUGUGCGUAGUGAACGUAUUCUCUAAGUUUAUUACUCGUGUAUUAUAUUAUAUAUUCCGUACAUCGCGAUGAUAACGCUUUAUGAACCCAAUGACAUAAUGGUACUAGUUAAAUCAAAAUAAUUCUCAAUG